AGCGCGAAAUUUCAAACAUAACACGAACAUAGGCAGCAGCAGAGACUGUUGUUCGGAGGGGUCAGUAUGCUAAUAACGAUGCAAAUAUCACAGUAAUAUAACCUUUGGUCAUCCUUAGUUUAAAUAUAUUAAUAGAGAACAAAGUUCAUAUUGUGUCUAAUAACUUAGAAGACAUUUUUAGCCCGAACUGAGAUGGAUGUCGCUUCGUAUUUACGGUGUUUUGAAGAAAGUUUGACGUCCUACAGUGGAGAUGACCCGCUGGAUGCGUGGGACAAGUUUGUGGACUUCCUGGAGCAAAGGCUGCCCGUGGAGGGCAGCAGUGAGAUGUCGCUGGUGUUUGACGCCCUCGUCCUAAAAUUUCUGAAUGUGGAUCGAUAUGCAAAUGAUAUCCGAUACAUAAACUACUGCAUCAGAUGUGCCAGUUAUUACUCGGACCCCAUCGCCCUGUACACCCAUAUCUUCAGUAAAGGCGUCGGCACCAGGACGGCUGCUCUGUAUGUGGCGUGGGCUCAGCAGUUUGAGGAGAGGGGAAUGAACGAACAGGCUGAUUCAGUGUACCAGAAAGCUCUGGAGAACCAGGUCCAGCCUGCGGACAUUGUUCUUCAUGAAUACAGGCAGUUUCAGAGCAGAACCAGAACCCAGCCUCCACCGUCUGGAGCUCGAGUCCCUCUACAGAACUCCCAGCUGACCAAUCAGAUGUGCCCCCACACGCUGGCACAGAAUAAGGCGGCAGCUGAUUGUCCAUCUGAACCACUGGGGUACAGAACGGUCAUAACAGUGUCUCGCUCCGAGACUUCAGGAACCCUUCCCUCCAGUCAGAACGCCGCUCUCCUGACCGUGUCCCAGUACAACAAGGACGAGUUGGUUUGUGAAGGGUCCGAGUUUUGCUUUGAGGAGGUCAGAGCCGCAAAAUACUUUCGUAGGAUCCAGAAGAAGCAGGAACAGGAGCAGAGAGAAAUCAUGGAGAGGAAGCUGAGGGAGCAAGAGGAGGAAGUCCAGAGACUUCAAAGCAUGUUGGAACAUGUCAACCAGGGACUGGAAGCUUGUGGAGCUCUUCCAAGCUUGACUUUAUCCCAGGAGCCCGGUUCUGCUCCAACAAGCUCCAAUCCUUUCCGGUCCUCGUCUUCACGUCCCCGAUCCUCGAAUCAUCUGAGCAGCCGGCUCUCCCUUGGUCUGAGAUUGCACUCUGAGCUGAACCUGAUCCAGGAGGCCGGUCCCAGCACCGCUCCGAUCUCAGAGGUAUCCCACCCUUCCCCCAUCCUGUUUAACAGGAGAUCCGGAGCAACUGCAGCAGGCACAGAGCCGGGACCCUCAGCUCAGCAGGCUUCGAGCAUCAAGCAGACAAACCUGUUUCUCACCAGACCUGCCGCCGCUCCUGCCGCUUGGGUUCAUCUCGGCUCAGACGCACAGCAAACCAGCGAGCUCAGCACCAAGCUUCUGGAAGGCAGUCAGUUACCAGAACCUGAGGAGAAACUAAAUGUUUCACAGGGAGGAACAGCUAACAUCUCCCACGUCACUCCCAACACUUCCCUGGGCUUUGUUCAGGCUACGCCCUCCCGGGUGCUUCCGUCGCCCACCGUCAACACGCGGGAGGCCCUGGGUGUGAUCAUGGACAUGUUCCAGGCUCCUACGUUCCUAGACAAGGCUUAUGAGAGCACCUCCAUGCUCUACCAUGCUGCUGAGAAGGACCUGGAUAUGGAGACGAGUGUCAUCUCAUCAUUACCGAAGCCCUCCGCCUGUGUCCAGUUUAGCAUCUUCCAGGAUGACGAGGACAAGGAGAACGGCAGCGCUGCAGCUUCGCCUGAGAAGUCCAAACCUGGCAAGGCUCUGGCAGAAAUCAGCACGAUGAAGACAGACAAACCCAACGAGACUCCUUCAGAGCUGAUCCCCGAUGAGAGCACCAUGUGGGGCACUCGCUACAACUCCCUCAACUCGCUGGCUGCCUGUCCCAAUAGUACCACAGACUUCGCCAUGCUGGCCCAGUUCGUCUCCACUCCAUUCACACACAAAACUCCGUUCAGCGGCAUCUUUUUCCAGGCUGAAGAGAAUAACGGUGACAGCUGUGAUGGUGAUGAAAACGUUUUCAUCAGACGUCAGACUAAAAAACUCAGCCCCAUCAUAGAGCAGAGUCCAUCUGACGAUAAGGCCUCUGAGUCAGCCGUCAGCCAGCUGCUGCCCUCCUCUGCAAGACAAGGCACCAUCAUGUCUGACGGCUUCACCUCCACCUCCAUCAGCAUGGUGCAGCCACCUCCUCCUGCAGUGCUCUCCUUCAGGGACCAGACCCUUUGUCCAACCGAGUCCUCCAGGUCAGCCGGGUCUGGAUGGGAGGUGUACACUGACCCUGAGCAGCCACCCAGACUGGCCUGUCAGAGCUCAGUCACACUCAGAAGCGAGCCGUUUAAGAUCCUGGAAGAUCCAGAGAAACCUGCCAGCCCAGAACCAGUCCAGAACUCCGUCCAUGAUGUUCCCAUGAGCCCUGAGUGUGCGCCCAAGGCGAGCUGGCUCAACAUCAGAAGUCCUGAAGCCACAGCUGAGCAGGAUUUGGAUGCUUUCCUGAGUCCCUGUCGACCCAGUAAAGUAGACACCACUUCCACUAGGACCCUGGAUGUUCCCAUGAGUCCGGAGCCGCUGCAGUUCUGUGUCGACACACCCAUGAGCUCGCAGAGGAUCAGCGAUGAACCCAUGAUGAGUCCUGACAGAAAGCUGAGGACGAACGGUGAGAUCCAGCUGGUGUCUGAUCCCUGGGAUACCGAACUGAUCUCUGAUCUGCUGUCCAAGCUUAGCAUGCCUCUGACCUCUCACCCCUGCUGCAUCACCUGGCCCUGUGACCUUCCGAGCAUCGGUCCAAAGAUGACCCUCAGCAUGGGGAACUCAUCCCUCAGAGUGGACUGUGUUCUUGGAGAAGGAGCCUUCGCUACGGUUUACCAAGCAACAGACCCCGUGACCUCUGAGAAGAUGGUUUUAAAGGUUCAGAAACCAGCCAAUCCCUGGGAGUUUUACAUCAACACCUGCUUGGACGAUCGGCUGCAGCCCGCCGUUCGCCACCUGUUCUGCAGCAUCCGCUCAGCUCACCUUUUCCACAACGGGAGCGUGAUGCUCGGGGAGCUGCACAACUACGGCACCCUGCUGAACGCCGUGAACAUCUAUAGAACCUUGAGUGAUAAAGUCAUGCCCCAGCCUCUCAUCCUGUACUUCACUGUCUGCAUCCUGCACAUGGUGGAGCAGCUGCACAGCGUGCACGUCAUCCACGCCGACAUCAAGCCCGACAACUUCAUGCUGGGAGAGAGGUUCUUGGAGAACAAGUGUUUUGACUCGGACAGCGUGGACCACGGCCUCGUCCUCAUUGACCUCGGGCAAAGCAUUGACAUGCAGCUCUUCCCAGAAGGCACCGCAUUCACCGCCAGGUGUCUGACAUCGGGCUUCCAGUGCACAGAGAUGCUCAGCGGGAAACCAUGGACCUACCAGACGGAUUACUUUGGAAUAGCAGGAACGGUCUACUGCAUGCUGUUCGGGACCUACAUGCAGGUUACAAACGAAGGCGGUGUGUGGAAGACAAACGGAGUCUUUAGAAGGAACCCCCACUGUGACUUGUGGUUGGAGUUCUUCGACACGCUGCUUAAUGUGCCGGACUGUGGUUCCUUGCCGAGCCUGCGGAGCCUCCGCUGCAGGCUGACCUCCGUCCUGCAGCAGAACUACAGCAGCAAACUGGCGACGAUGAAGAGCCGCCUGGUUAUCAAGCUGCUGGAGAACCACAGGGCGGCUCGCAGAUGAUCAUUGCUCAUCUUUACUUCUUCUCUUCUUAAACUCGGACUGAGUCUCACAAACUGGUUUUAGUUCAAAGGAAACAGAUCAAGCGAGGAAACAAUUAGAGCUCCUGUCCUGUAAAUAUGUUCUUAUUUUAGACUUUUUUAGUUGAAAUGAUCCUUCUGUGUUUAAUAAUAAAACCUGUGUUGGAGUGUC